AUGGCUCCUUCGGCUUCCCUGGAGAAUGUCCCUGCCGCGAACACGCCGUACUUCACCCCGGCCCAGGACCCACCGGCGGGGACGGCCCUCCACCCGGAGUCGGCGCCGACCCUGUUCCAGCCGCUCAAGAUCCGGGACCUGACGCUGCAGAACCGCUUCGUGGUGUCGCCCAUGUGCCAGUACUCGGCCGACGACGGCCACCACACCGACUGGCACUUCGCGCACCUGGCGCAGUACGUGAUCCGCGGCAACGCGCUGACCAUUGUCGAGGCCUCGAGCGUCCUCGCCAACGGCCGCAUCACGCCCGAGGACUCGGGCCUCUGGAAGGACAGCCAAAUCGAGCCGCUGAAGCGCAUCGUCACCUUUGCCCACAGCCAGGGCCAGAAGAUCGGCAUCCAGCUCGCCCACGCCGGCCGCAAGGCCAGCACCGUGGCCCCGUGGAUACGCACUGGUGGCAACAGCGCUGUCGCCGGCCCUGACCUGGGCGGGUGGCCCGACAAUGUGUGGGCGCCCAGUGCGAUCAAGUUUGCGGACGGCUUUGCAGAGCCCAGGGAGAUGAGCCUCGCGGACAUCCAGGAGCUGGUGCAGGGUUUCAAAGACUCGGCCGUGCGCGCCGUGAAGGCUGGUUUCGACGUGAUCGAGAUCCACGGCGCACACGGUUACCUCAUUACGGAGUUCUUGUCACCCUUGACCAACAAGCGGACCGACAAGUAUGGCGGGAGCUUCGAGAACCGGACGCGGCUGCUCUUCGAGACCAUCGAGGCCGUCAGGAGCGUCAUCCCGAAGAGCAUGCCUCUGUUCUUGCGCAUCUCGGCCACGGAGUGGAUGGAAUGGAACGGCGAGCCGAGCUGGACGCUCGACGAGAGCAUCAGACUCGCGAAGCUGCUGCCGGCCGCGGGUGUCGACCUGCUAGACGUGAGCUCCGGCGGGAACAACGCCCAGCAGAAGAUCAACCUCCAUCCCUACUACCAGGUGAACCUGGCCGGAGAGAUCCGGGAUGAGCUGAAGAAGGAGGGGUUGGACCUGCUCAUUGGCGCCGUCGGCCUGAUCACCGAGGCGGAGAUGGCGCGGUCCAUCGUCCAGGAGAACUCCAACGGCAACGGCGGCGGCAGCCACCCUGGCACGAUCGAGAUCGAGCAAGAGAACGGGCAGAAGACGCAGGCCGACGUCGUGCUCAUGGCGAGACAGCUGCUGCGCGAACCCGAAUUCCCGCUGCGCGUGGCGCACCAGCUUAAUGUCGACGUUGCGUGGCCCAAUCAGUACCACCGCGCCGAGUGGCGAAAGGGGCAAAAGAUCUAG